UUACUGGGGUUUUUUACAUUACACGUGUAAGAUCUGUAAAAAAAUAACAGAAAAAAUCAUUUUUUUACACUGUAUUUAAUCUGAAAGUUGCCUUCAUACAUGCACAUGGACUUAGUUAACACACAAUUUAGUCACAAUUAAAUUAGGUCUGACUAGUAAUAGGCGGUUUCAAAUCAACAACAUAAACAAACGUUACUGCGCAUGCACGAUUUUGUGGCCUGAACUUAACUUCCAGUACACACCUGUAGAUUAUUUCUGAUAACAAGCGAAAGAAAUAACAAGUAAAUUACAAUAGCUAGAAAGUUAAAAGUAUGUCUGGCCAGUAUUAUUUUGCAUUACCAGUAGAGGUACCAUUACUUGGCUAAACUUAAAUGAGACAGAGUUACACGACCCAUUCAACAAAUUGCUUUAUGUUACGUAAAAACAAUGUUAUAAAUGUAUGGCUAUGGAGAGAGGUAUCUAUCAAUAAACUAUGGUUUGACUCAAUCAUGUCUAACAUGGAUUCCAAUAACUCUGAGGAAUCCCAAAGAGUUCAAAGUCGAGAGGAAACAAAGCAGACAUAACCGCCUUGCGUCAUCUACUGAGUGCUGCUUUAGUAAAUCUCCUGCGGUAGUGAUUCCACAUGGAAUGCAUGAGGUCACGUAGAAACAAAAAUAAAUGUCCCAGUCUGGGUAAUAAAAAUAUGGGCGUAUAGCCACAGGUUUUAGAUAUUUGUUUUGGCAGUCCACAGGGUCAGUUUGCAUUAGCAGUGUGGGACGCUGGGCGGAUUUCAUAUGACAGGAAAUAAAGCAUGAUAUAGUCUCUGCAGCUUACUCAUCUGCUCCGAGAGAUAUCUCAAAGAUCAGCAGGUGGGGAAAAUCUUUUACUCCUCAAAAGGAGAGUCACACAAAGAUGAAAAUGAUGAUGAAGAUGCAUUGACUGAUAACAUCUAUCGAUUAUCUCACGACGAUGUCAAAAGCAUUAAUGUGUUCGAUACAGUUCUUCUUAGGCAAGAAAGUGGAGUGCUUUGAAGAGAUGUUAUCUUGGAAAAGUGCAGAGGUCUUGUUUGAAAACAUAUUUGUUAUGCUGUGGUCUCUUGCCACAUAAAAACGUGACUGAAAAUGUACUUUAAAAAUUACAUUUGGUUCUGCCAAAGCCAGGUUACAUGAAACCUUCAACAGUGAAGAUUUUGUGUUAUAAGAUGUACCUUCAGAAUAUUCGUAUGACCUUGGUGGUCAAUAAUAAACUGAAUUCAUACAGAUCGGGUUUAGUAUUCUUAAUACCAUUCCAUUCAGUAAUAUGUGUGGGAAAAGAGGCUUCUCUUAUAACUACCCAUUUCUGCAACCCAUUAGAACCAUCGCCUGAACAUUCCAGGAACAAAAGCUCAAAUUGCACACCAUCUAUCAUCUAUAGAUAUUGCAUAAAAUGUGGCCGCUCUAAAAAAACCCUGAAUGACGUCAGACAAACAAAGAGCAGUAUCUGGUCCUCUUCACGGGUUCCGUCAUCAACAUCGCCCAAUGCGAUCAAAGCCUAUUUGACAUUUACUCUACAACCUAUAAUAGGGAUUGUUGUGACCACCUCCUCUGUCGUUUAUUUGCUGAUAAGUGACACACAGCGUUUGGUCUGGUGAACGUAUUUCAUCCAUGUUGAAAGACCUCAUUUGCUGUCUUCCCAGCCAGAAAAGACCGUCAAAUGAAUCCCUCUCCUCACAUUCAGACAAGGCAAGGCUUGAAACGCAGAAGCAAGCCAGUAGCUCACUUGUUACAGUCACAGAAAAUGUGCGGUGGCAAAACAUCUGGUUGAAAAUUCAUGGUCUGUGUCUGUGUUUGUCUUAUACCAAUUGCCCUGCUGUGUCUCGUCUACAAAGGUUGAUGACAACCCUGCUUGAAAUCUUUACUCAUGACCACUCAAAGGGGAAUCUGGCACAACACCGGCUCAAUCUCAUUCUCAGUGGGCACAAUAAAGACGUCAUCAUGCACCAGGCUGUCUGUUUGUGAUAGUGGCUUUAUUGAAUGACCACCGUGUCGGCAGAAGCUCCUGCCAUCUGUGAAAAACGCCUUUCGCUCAUACAAUGAAUUCUCGUCAAAAUUCACAACACUGGCAUAUGCAGCUGACAAACAUCAUUUUGGGUUCUUUUGUGGAGAGAAAAUGAGUAGAUGAGGAAUGCCUUGUAUUAUUGUGCUCUUUAUAGAUGGCACACACAACCAGGAAUUCACAAAUUGAUUUUUCUCUGUGCUGUUGUCUUCAUUACCUUCACUUAGUUCAUUCCAACAGUCUUUUACAAACGCACUGGGAAUAAAAAUAAAAUAUAGUAAAGGAGUAAGAUCAUAAAAAUAAUGAGCUAAAGUUACUCCAGCAUGGACAAUAAAUUAAAAAUCCUAACGUAGUAGUCACACAGCUGCCAUAACAAAUGGUAAUAUGGCUUUAUCCAAUUAUAAAUACUAAUACUAUGCUCUUUAAAGUCCCCAUGAAAUCAAGCUGAAGUUUUAUGGCUUUAAUAUGAGUAUAGUGCUUUAAACAAUGACAAAAUUUACAUUUAGAAGAUAAUGAGCAUUCAAAACUUACAGUGUUCCUUUCAGCAACUGCCGGCCUGGUCACAAAAUCAGAAUUGGCCGUUCAGUCAUGCACGUCAUCAGAGGGAGACUGGAGUGCCAGUGCAACACGAGCUAAAAAAAGGGCUCUUAAGUCCGACGCUGCCAAAUGCGUAAAAUUAACCGAACUCUUUUCAAAAGGUUUAAAUUCGGCUGCUGCACCGGAGGACAGCAGUGCCGUAGAGGUAAGAAAACAGAAAACACAGCAGGUUAAGCUUGAAUUUUAUGGCUGAAAUAUCAGUAGAUAAGGUGGAAUUUAGGGUAAACAGACUGAGACUGCUGUAGUCUACUUGCGAUAUAGUAGCUCUGUACACGUCAAAAAACUAGAAUAAAAGCCAUAGUACUGUGGACAUUUGUAAUGAACUUUACUUUGAAUAAAUAUGUCAUAAUAUUAAAAUAAAACAUUGAACACAUGCAUAUUUGGGUUACAGUAUGUAAUUAAUCCUUAUGUGGAACAUAUAGGCUUUUUUUACAAGCACUUAAAUGCAGUUAGAUGAGGUAUUAUAAGCCAUUGGCUAACUUAUAUUCUCGCUUAUCUGAAUUGUGUGUUCAUCUAUUCAAAACUAGAAUGUUGGAAUUCUAUGAAUGUUGGAAUGUUGUGUAUUCCAAUUCUGAGAGCGGUCAGUGAGAAAACAUUUUGCUGUAAUGUUCAUUAACUAGGAUGUUGCUGGAAUCAGUACAGCCAGAGACCCCUGGUCUUCCAGUACCAGUGCUGUGAGGAAGGAUGCUAUGGAAGGCCUAGGAGAGACAGAAAGGAGUGUGGUAGAGGUAGGAAAAAACAGUGACACACAAAUGUAGUUUGGGUUUAUAAUUAACUCUACAGUAGAGGGGAAUACAUUUGACAACAAUCCUAAUGAUGUCUACAUGUACAGACAUUUGAACUUAACUGUACAUUAGGUCAUAAUUAUUAAUUAGGUGGACACAAUGACAGUCAGGCAAGAGUGAAAAACAAGUAUAAUCACAGACAGCCAUACAGAUGUAUUAAAAUGGCAGAGUUAGAGAGUUAAAACAUAUGAGAAAAUAAAGAAUCAGACAGACAAUAGGCUGUCGCGAUAAACCGACGAUAAAUAUCACGUGAUUUAUGCACAGCUUUUGAGUGAAGUACGGGAAAAUGCUGCUGCAUCCGAAAGCCAGAGGGCGCUCUCGUGCGGAAACUCCAAAUACGCACUGCAGAAGAAGACUAUAAUGCAGUCUAGAAUCUUGGAAAUGCCUAUGGACAUCUUUUUAUCACUGUUACUCAAGCCUCAUCGGGUGUUUUUAUGAUAAUAAUUUAUAAUGAUCAUGUUUGACGGGUGUUGCUUUUUAAAAUGCACAUUAUAAGCGACUCAAACUCGCACUGCUUUUAGAUCGAGCAGCAUUUCCUACUGAUCCCAGAGCCGUGCUUCACGGACAAGCGACGCAUUAAAAAAUAUCGACACAUUGCAUAUCGCAGCCAGCUUGAUUUCAAUUGGAUUUAGUGGUAUCGCAAUAAAUCACCGUGCAGCCCAGUGUCAACAAGAGAAACAAGGAGAAUCCAACAGACAGAGAGUGACAAAGAACAACAUACUGUAGAGAAUGACACUAACAGCAGACAAAUGGCAUAAACAGACAGCACACAGACUUUACAACAUCAUCCUCAGAUUUGUUUUCGUUUGUUUUUACUGUAUGUGUAAAUUUGUUAUAAACGUAUACCCUUAGAAAAGUACUAAUCAUUGUUUGCCAGUCACACACAAUAAAUGUUUAAAUAUCUGUUACAUACCACUGCUUACAUUAUAUCACCAUCUACACAAAUGUAAGUAGUGAACGAGCGUGUCAGUGGGUUUGGGUUGUCAGGGUGUGGAAAUGAUGUGGGCUGGUGUGGCUACAGUGCCAGGGCUGAAUUUUUGUCCCAGACCGCCCCUGGAUGAAUGGCACACAGUGAAUAGGUAAUGAAAUAUGAAUUUAAAUAUGCUUUCCAUUAGGGUAAAUGAAGUCUGGACUGCACACUGUGUACUGCGGACCAAAGAAAUGCAUUGAAUGAAUUUUAUGCACAAAUCAGUGCAAAAUAAAAAACAACAUGUAUCCGACCCACUUAGAGUAUAUUGUCCACACAGAAUGUUGACUUUUAAAGCACGACAGAGGAGACCAAACAUUGCAAAUGGUUAAGACAGCCUCGACAUUAUUAACAUCACUGACGAGUAGAAGAGGAGACUAACACUGUGUCAUGCAUCAAUCAUCAGUCAUGCAUAAAUAACAUUAUUCUUCUUGAGAGAAUAAUGCAGUCGGAGUUAUAAUACCACGUAUCCUUUUACUUCCAAGCGGUAGAAUGGGAGUCAAUGGGGGGCAAUUUUUUGAAGCUCCGAAAAGUGCAUCCGUCGAUCAAAGAAUGGCUUGACACGGCUCCGUGGUCUUAACAAAUUUAUUCUGAAGCGAUAUUAUCGUUAGCGUUGUCAAUAAGGACAUUUCACAAACAAACGCAUCGAUUCGCUUCAGAAGACCUUUGUUAAGACCACAGAGCCGCGCAUGCUUUUGAGGAUGUAGCAAAACAGCAUGCCCACAUUGGACAUUGCAGAAUAAAAAUGUGUUUACCAUUUGACCUUGCAUGUAAAUGGUGAUAAACAAAAUAAGUUGAGCUGUCUGUACGAUUUUGCAGAUUUUAGUCAUUUGACUUUAAACCACAUAACAACCAACAAAAAUAUGUAAAGUAACCUGCUAUUUUAUGUUUCAGACUGGGAUGGUGAUAUAGAAACAUUUAGGCUACGCAUUGCAGCUUUAACAUUAAACUUAUAUACCUUUAAAAUACCUUUAGAUUUAACUUUUAAAUACAUCCGUUUAAAAACUGCUGCAUUCCCCUCAAGUUUACAGUUCUGUUUCCUCCAUGUACAGAAAACGUGGCAAAAACUGUCAGAAUGUGACUCGUUGGUUGAUAAGGUGUUGGUGCGCGCGCCCGUCGCUUCCUCUUCACUCCCAGUGCGCGCAGCAUCUGAUCGUUGAAACUAUGCGUCGGACGCGGCUUCAUUAACACACACUGUUCAUGUGGAUCACUUCUUUCGAGGUAUUGCUUUGCGUUAUGGCGCUGUUUAAAAGUUAAAGCGAACGUAAACGCUCACUGCACUUAUCGACUGACAUUUUCAUUGCCUUAAUUUGUAUCCAUCCGAACGCGUAUUGAUUACAACUCGUGCACAAGUGUUGAGUCACGCGCAUACAGCUUCCGACAAACUGACAGCAGAUGUGUGGAGGGUCCGAAGUGACUCAUGCUGGUUUCUGUGGGCCACUAGACACGCGGACCUCACGAUGAUGAUGGCUGUCGACGAUGCGUUUCGGAGAGGACGCGUGCAUUCUCCCAACUUAUGUUUACGUCCUGCUUAAUGCAACUUUGCCACAGACAUGUAACGCGGAAUAAAGGGCCAGUUUGGGACGGACACGUCGUCUUUUCAAGGAUCAAACAAGAGUCUUCUCGUUUAAGAAACCCAGGAGAAUAUUUUAUCCGGCAGUCGUAUUAGUAACCCGCGCAACGAUGCCUGAUGUACUGUCUCUGUACAUUGGGAUGGAGGUGCUCAUUGCCCUUUCCUCCGUCACUGGGAAUGUGAUGGUGGUCUGGGCUGUGAGGAUUAACCGAUCACUACGGGACACGACCAUCUAUUUCAUCGUCAGCCUGGCUCUGGCGGACAUCGCGGUGGGGGCUCUUGUCAUUCCUCUGGCUAUAACCAUAAGCAUCGGACUGAAGACUCAUUUCUACAGCUGUCUGCUCGUGGCGUGUACCGUGCUGGUACUAACGCAAAGUUCAAUACUCGCACUCCUGGCUAUUGCUAUUGACCGCUAUCUGAGGGUCAAGAUACCGAUGAGCUAUAAAAGAGUGGUGACCCCGAGGCGUGCCGGCACGGCGGUGGUGUUGUGCUGGAUGGUAGCCAUCAUAGUCGGCCUCACGCCCAUGCUGGGUUGGAACAACCUCGAGAAGCUACGGCAAGCCAAUGGGACCCUGGGCGCCGAUCUUCUCAUAACCUGCGAGUUUGAGAACGUCAUCAGUAUGGAGUACAUGGUCUACUUCAACUUCUUCGGCUGGGUGCUGCCACCUCUGGUCGUCAUGUUGCUCAUCUACGCCGAGAUCUUCUACAUGAUUCACAGGCAGCUCAAUAAGAAGGUCACGGCCAACCAGAGCGACCCCACGCGAUAUUACGGAAAGGAACUGAAGCUGGCCAAAUCUCUGGCGCUGGUGCUUUUCUUGUUCGCCGUUAGCUGGCUGCCGCUGCAUGUGCUGAACUGCAUCACUCUCUUCUGCCCGACUUGUGACAAUUCAAUAUAUUUGCUCUAUAUUGCUAUCUUGCUCAGUCACGGCAACUCCGUCGUCAAUCCCAUCGUUUACGCGUUCCGAAUUGAGAAGUUCAGGAACGCUUUCGUUAAGAUCUGGAAACAGUACGUGUGCUGUGCCGAGGGGCCGCAUCUGAGGGAUCGGCCUGGCCUUCGGCGAGAUAGCAAAGAGAAAAGACUGAGGCACAAUGACACCUGACGUUGCUUUUUUAAGAACUCGUUUUAAAAAUAUUAUUUUAGAUGAACAUUUAAAGGAAAGCCGUUGAUCGUCUGUUAGACGCCAGAAGACGUACGCCACAGAAAUGGAUUAGAUCGGAUGUAACGUGGAAGUGUUUCUGUGAACUCGAUCAACGGUGCAUCGGAUGAAUUGCACCACCAUUAAAUAAAUGAAAAGAGCCUCUUGUAGAGGAAUAGCCAUAACCACAAGAUUGUGGCGUGAGAAAGGUUUGCUGAUAAAUUCCUUUUUAAGAAGGAUCGAAAGUUGUCAAAUGUUCAGAAAGGCAGCUAGGUCCAUUUUGUUUAAGACAAACCUUUGUUAGCACGAGAAACGUGACAGGGCUGUUUUGCUGUGUUAGAAAUGUUUGAUUUCUUUACGUUUUGCUAUAAAUAGUUGCUGUGAUAUAUACUACACAUCUCUACAUUGUUGUAGUUGUAACACAAUAACAGCUGGAAGGCAACUUUGCGAAAACAUGUCUUUUGUUUGUUUGCAUGCAGCCAUGCAUACACAUAGCUGCUGACAUUUGCAUUUAAAGUCAAACAUCGGCACGAAAAGCUGCGAAACAAUCAGCAGGAAGGAACCGUGAAUAAAGAUCGAAUGACACUGCCGGAGGUCUGAUGUGUUUUUCUCCUUAAUAUUGAGGUCCAUCGUAACAUAAAUGAUGCAUAACCAGUUGAAUAGCUCAAAUGUUCAGGCCGCUUUCAAUUUUAAUAUGAGAAAAAAACUGUCACACAAGCUGUGCUGUUACUCUUGAUUGUGAAUCACUCCAUUUCACUGUCAUUUUGCUACUGAUUGCACGGUCAUUUUGACUCGAUGUCCUUGAAAUAAGGUGACGGUGCACUAAACGUGUAUCCUGAACAAGGUUGUUUUAAUCUAUUAAAUGGCUUGAGAAGCAAGGACAGAGAAGCAAGGACUAGUCAAUCUUUCAGGGUACGCAAGACCAAAUCAAUUCACAAUACUUCUUGCGAAGAACGGCGAUGUCUUGUGCGGCACUUCCUGGUAAAUGACCAUUCACAAACUUCCUGGAUAGGUCUUGAGGUAGCCAUUAAAGAGUACAAGGACUCCGUGUUUCCGCACUUUGAAUAGUAUUCAAACCUGACAGCUGACCCCUGUUUCCCCUUAACUUGUGCCAACCUGUCUGGAGCAAUUUCACUUUGUAACAAAACUCCACAGAACACCAACGUAAGGGCAUUAAAACGUUAGAGAAACGUUUCACCCAAAAACGAAAAUUACUCCUAUACACCUAGGAUGGCAUGAGAGUAAGAAAAUUAUGAGGUCAUAUUUAUUUUCCAGUGGACAAUUCCUUCAAAAUAAAUGGGUCGGACUGAUGGAGCUGUAUUUUUGUCCCCCGACCCAUUUACAUAACGGGAGUUUCAUGCAGUCCUUUUCAUCCUUUAUAACGCGAGAUUAUAAUUUAAAUUAAUGACUGUUUUUCACUCGCUUUCUGUUUAUUCCCAGAUUAAAUAAACGUUUCUUUUUCAUGCUGCUAAGAGACAAUGUGUAGAUUUACUAAUGCAAACACUGCAAUAUAAUCACUCAUAAACAGUUUGUCUGCCUAUAAGAAUAUGACCUAUAAGAAUAUGACAUGCAAAACUAUUUUAAUGUAUAAUCAUAAUUACAAUACCAAAAUUUACUGCCAUAGUAGGGAAAAAAUACAUAUGGGAAUCAAUGAGGAUGAGAUCUCAUUUAUGUUUAAUGUAUAACUUGCACUUUAAAUGACACUCAUCUCACAUUAUGCAAUAUCGGUGUAAAUAUGGCACAUUUGAGCAGAAUUGUGUAAGGGAUAAUGUACAGGCAGCCGGUUGUUAUCGCAGAAAUAAGCCCCGAC